CCCACCUUCAGCAACACUCGCCUUUGCACAUUUCUUACUUCUUCUCUAAAAUACAUAGGUAGACGAAGUCUUCUAGCUCAGAAUUUGAUAAGGACCCGUUGUGAAAUUGUAGCAAUAGCUCCAUAACACAUCAGAGACACAACAUGGAGUCCCCUCCAGAUCCAGCGAGCGACCCGGGCAACAGCGCCUCGGAGCCGGCUACCCCGGUCAGGGAAACCCCGGUAAACCUGGAGACUCUCCGGAAAGCUGACCAUCAAGCCCCGGUUCGGAGACAGAGCUGUUCCAGCACCAACAGAGGUAUUUCAGUAACAAAGAAGACCCAUACCUCUCAAAUUGAAAUUAUUCCUUGCAAGAUCUGUGGAGACAAAUCAUCAGGCAUCCAUUAUGGGGUGAUAACAUGUGAGGGCUGCAAGGGUUUCUUCAGGAGGAGUCAGCAGAGCAAUGCGGCGUACUCGUGUCCCCGUCAGAAGAACUGCCUGAUUGACCGUACCAGCCGUAACCGCUGCCAGCACUGCAGGCUACAGAAAUGCCUGGCAGUGGGCAUGUCACGGGACGCGGUGAAGUUCGGCCGCAUGUCCAAGAAGCAGCGUGACAGCCUGUAUGCGGAGGUGCAGAAGCACCGGCUGCAGCAGCAGCAGCGCGAGCACCAGCAGCAGCCCGGCGAGGCCGAGCCCCUCACGCCCACCUACGGCGGCCUGGCCGCCAACGGCCUCACCGAGCUCCACGACGACCUCGGCGGCUACAUGGACGGACACACCCCGGAUGGCGCCAAGCCCGACUCGGCUGUCAGCAGCUUCUACCUGGACAUCCAGCCCUCGCCUGACCAGUCCGGCCUGGACAUCAACGGCAUCAAGCCCGAGCCCAUCUGCGACUUCACGCCCGGCUCCGGCUUCUUCCCCUACUGCUCGUUCACCAACGGCGAGAGCUCGCCCACCGUCUCCAUGGCAGAGCUAGAACACCUGGCCCAGAACAUCUCUAAGUCCCACAUGGAGACAUGUCAGUACCUGAGAGAGGAGCUCCAGCAAAUGACCUGGCAGACCUUCCUUCAGGAGGAGAUGGAGAGCUACCAGAACAAGCCUCGAGAAGUCAUGUGGCAGCUGUGCGCCAUCAAGAUCACAGAGGCCAUCCAGUACGUGGUGGAGUUCGCCAAGCGCAUCGACGGCUUCAUGGAGCUGUGUCAGAACGACCAGAUCGUGCUGCUCAAAGCAGGUUCUCUGGAGGUAGUGUUUGUCCGAAUGUGCCGUGCCUUUGACUCUCAGAACAACACAGUCUAUUUCGAUGGAAAGUAUGCUGGUCCUGAUGUGUUCAAGUCAUUAGGCUGUGACGAUUUGAUCAGCUCUGUCUUUGAGUUUGGGAAAAACUUGUGUUCUAUGCACCUGUCUGAGGACGAGAUCGCCCUGUUCUCUGCGUUUGUGUUGAUGUCAGCAGACCGGUCCUGGCUUCAGGAGAAGAUGAAGGUGGAGAAACUACAACAAAAGAUCCAGUUGGCCCUGCAACAUGUCCUGCAGAAGAACCACAGAGAGGAUGGCAUCCUGACUAAGUUGAUAUGCAAAGUGUCGACGCUGCGAGCGCUGUGCAGCAGGCAUACAGAGAAGCUGACGGCUUUCAAAGCAAUAUACCCAGACAUUGUGCGUGCCCACUUCCCCCCCUUAUACAAGGAGCUGUUCGGAUCGGACUUUGAGCAGGCCAUGCCCGUGGACGGGUAGCUGGCAGGAGGCUGCCCGCUGACCUCCCACCCGUCUGCUGGAGGCUAGCCACCCAGCCAGGGGAAUGUCGCGCAUGAAUCUGAGACACUUUAAACGGUGCCCUGCACUCACCAAGACGGCCGACACACACACACACACACAAACACACACACACACACACACACGCACACACGCUGCACACACAUUUUUUUUCCCUUUUGUUUGUUCCUUUUUAUUCUGGUUUAUCUUUCCCUGAAAGUGGUGGAUUGUGGGAAAAGGAGGGAAUGCAAUGUGAUUGGUUGGGAGAAAAGGGAGGGUUUUCUGAUUGGGCAGAUCUUAUUCUUGUUUUAUUUUAUUUUAUUUUCGGGCUGGGAGGUUCCUGGAUUUUACCCUCUAAAGUUUUUUGUUUUGUUUUCUUUGUUUGACAUGGGUGGGAUUGUGAACCCAAGGGAGAUCGAGAGGAGAUAGCCCAAUGCUUACUCUAUGGCUGAACUCGGAGCAUUCGUGCAUAUAACCUGGGUGUGGUUUCAUUGCAAUUCACAACAACUGACAAAAACUUAUUCACGGAUGAGAUGUAAAGAGUUUUUUUUUUUUCACAGUGUCGAUAUCAUUAAAUGGGGUGUUUGAAGAGGUGAUCCAAACAGUCUUUCGGCUGGCCAAAUAUACAAUAGAAGUAGAUUCUAUGUGCUAAGAAAUGCUCACAGUAUAUGCAUGACUCCAUCGAGUUCAGCUAUUUGUUUUCUUCUUCUGUUUAGUGUUUGCUUUGGAAUGUGACUCCCAUAUAAUAAACUGAUAGCACAUGGGAGAAAGAGAGAGAGAGAGAGAGAGAGAGAGAGAGUGAAGGGAAGAAAAAAGAAAGAGAGAGAGAGAGACCACCAGAGUGUGGAGUUUUAACCGUCGGCAUGGUGACGUAAGCAGCACCUUUUUAUGGACAAUCGUCAAAAUCAAGAGAAAAAAAAAUAGAAUUCUGGUAAUUCUAGUUUUAAAAGAAAAAUGCAAUGACUUUUAGCUGUCAAACAUGACUCCAUUCACCAUGGUUGCAUAGAUGAUAUUGUGUAAGGCCAUCUGCUAUUAAUCCUUCUCUGAACAGGAGCCCCACCAGUGAAACUGAGGGCACCACCAAUGACAAGGGUCCAUUCCACCAGUUUUCUAACGUGCUACAGGGUAUACGCUCAUAAGUACUUAAUAAACAGAAAAAAGUAAUGUUUAUAGAUUCUAUUUUAAAUAACAUGUAUGAUAUUCGUAGUUAGACUUAUUCUGAACUGUUGAAUUGAUAAGGCACUUUUCUUUGCACCUUUCUUUAAUUUAAGACUUGUAUAUUACCUAGUGAUGUGUUGCAUGUGCAAAAAGAAUCACACGACGUUGAGAACCCACGGUGGUGGAGAGGCUGGGUGUGGGAUGAUGAUGAUAGCUGCAGGGUUGCUGCUGUUUGGAAGGGUUGUUGUUUUUGCUGUGGCUGGUUGAUGUCUUGUUGUUGGCAAUGAUGGCUGCUGGGGAAACGGAAAGGCAGAGAGGUAGUGUGUGUGUGCGUGUGUGUGUAUGUGUGUGUGUGUGUGUGUGUGUGUGUGUGUGUGUGUAUGUGUGUGUGCGUGUGUUUAUUUCUGUGUGUCCUUACCUUCAAUCCCCAUUUCUCCAGCACAAGCGGUUUUAGCUUCUUGAAGCUUUGGUUAAAGAGAUUGACAUCCUCCCUCCAGAACAUUCGUUCGACAGUGAUGGUGCUUGGAGCAAUAUGGCUCUCUUCUGGUGUGUAUAAAGGGAUUGUCUCUCUACCUCUUUUUGUUUUGUUUUGGGCUGGUGCGAAGGCGCUCACACUCUUCCCUUAGCAGCCCACAACGAAAGCCAUCAGACAACACACACACUCACACACACACACACACACACAAACACAAUCUAAUGUGAGUCAAAGCAAUCUGUCAUACACCCACACAUAGACUUUCAGUCGCCCUCUUCUGAGAGAUCCAUCAAACAAUCCCAUCAGCCCACGGUGUCCAAUCAAAACAAUUCUCUCCUCUUUGUUUUCUCUCGUCUGCUGUGGAUCUCUUGUCUGUCAGCAUGUGGUUGAUUGGAUGACUGAACUGAGGAGGAGAGGAGGAGGUGGGGGGUGUCUGUGUAGUGAAGGAGGCCUCUAGCCCUCCUGUAGCGCAUCCCUGUCCUCGCCCAACACAACUGCCAUGCUGCCUUGCACCAUCACUGAUCAUAUGGCUCCACCUAGUGGCUGCUGGAACAAUAACUUCAGGCUUCAAGUCCAAUUCUUGGGUUGAUGUAAAAUAGCAUUUUAUGGCAGUUAACAGUGCGUGUGUGUGUGUGUGUGUGUGUGUUUCUCAGUGCAACGAUCCAUCCAUCAUCUUUGUUGCUUCAUUGCUGAUGUUGUAUCCUCAUUCUCGAGGCUGUCACAGUGUUUGUCUGUGAAGACGUAUCUGAGCGCUAGUGUGUGUGUGUGUGUGUGUGUGUGUGUGUACCUGCCUCUCAGUGAAUGCCUCAGCUCAGCUGGUUAUGACAGUUUGUUAUGGGACAGCAAAAGAAAGAAGGGCAGUCAGAUAUUCAAAGCCUUGUCUGGUAGCAAAACUUCUAUUUUUGUAACAUGUACAGAACAUAAGCUCAUAAAAAACAAGAGUCAGAGAGAGAUAGAGAGAGAACGAGAGAGAGAGAGAGGUGACACAAAAGCACUUAUUCUUGCAAUAAUUACAAUUGAAGUUUCUAUCCUUUCAAGAAGAAAGAAGGAUAUUAUUGGACAAAAGUGCUAUUUUUGGAGUCUUUUGCUAAUUGUUUUGUUUGAGUGUGAUCAAGCUUUUGGGAAUCCAACAUCUCCGUGAUUGUGCCAUAUUUGCUGUCGUUUCUGUAGUCUGUGUCCACAACAGAUUGUUUUGACAUUCCAAAAAUAAAAAAAUGAACGAUGUAAAGCAUGCCGAGUAUUCCAGAAAAUCCCAGUCGACUCCAGACAUUUCCUGCAAAUGCCCUACCUGAAACGGAAAUUAAAAUACUCUUGUUAUUCAUGUUUUUUUGUGAGGUCAGUCAUUCCUCCAUUAGACCUGCAUGUUUCUGUGUUCUACCCAUACUUUUCUUGCUCAUGAGGUUGAGAGGGUGUGUGUAUGUCCACAUGCACCUUCUCCUCAUUCAAACAUUGGGGGAAGUUUCUUUAUGCUUUGCCAUGUGCUAUUGUCCUAACUGGGCUGCAGACCAGGAACCAGUGGUCAUGCACAGGACCUGUAAUGAAUGCUCAUACUGUAUGCCAUAACCGUCAUUACCGUAACCGUAAUUACUCAGAGUGCUGCAGCUUUACCAGAUAGAGAUUUUACUUGUCCUUGUUCACAUACAAAAGUCAGAUACAAAACUCCACAGAUGUAAAACCAAUGAAAACUGUAUCAGACUGUGAAUGGUAAUCGACGCCCCCCCACCCCCACCCCCAAUACACACACACACACAUACACCCUCACUUGACCUCACCUACCCUCAUCUUCAAGAAAGAGCCGAGAGCUGAAUUUGAUCAUUCAGUGAAAUCACUCAGGGAGAUUUUUGUUACUCUAGGCUCUAAGUGGGAGGUGGCUGUUAAAGGCAGGUGUGCGUCACUCCUCACAAGAGACAAGCAGACAGUGCAGAUGCGUGUGCACGUGCACAAGCACCUUCUGGAAAGUUCCCUAAGGCCUCUACACAGAGAGAGCUACUGACUGCUGAACCGAGCUUAUCAGUUUGGUCUAGAGUCAGCUAACAUGUUAGCAUCAAAGUCUUGUUACAGUAUCCAGAUAUCGUAGAAACAACACAGCAAUAUUCAUUAUAAAUUAAGUUUGAACAGGUAUUGUAGGCAUGAACAGGCAUGUAUUUUUAAAUAUGUUCCCUCUCUGUCCUGCACAAAAUGAGUGCACAAGCCACUGCAAGAUGCCAAAAAUACUGGUUUCCGGAGCCUCCUCCACUCUGUCCAUUGCAAUUGACUCCCAUCACCUGCUCCUCACAUCCUCAUCCCAACACCUAUAGCAGUGUGCUGUGUUUCAUAUGACAUGUCUGGAAGGCUGGGAUUCUUCUAUACUCAUCACUUUGUGGUGAUUCCACGUGCCAAAUACCUCUCUGUGUUCUCUCGCCAGCAUGACUCCAGGCACUAGUUAGUAUUUUAAGACAUUACCGAUACGGGUGUCCAUGGGGCUGCCUGUGGGGUCCUUGAGACAUUCUGAUGUGCAGCGAUGCUUAGCCUUCAGUGGGACUCCCUUUCCCAGAAGCCUCUGUCCUCCCCACCAGUCGCAGCCCAGAGCUGGGGAGGAAUGCUAUCACUCACUCCUAGCUUGGGGUUUUGUAUUAAAGUCCUGUCGAUGUUGCAUAGGCAAAAAAACUAAGCAAUAUAGAAGACUGAGCAAAGAAAAGAGACUUAUUAUUCGGCUCCCUUUUUCAGUGAUUUGUCAGAGGCACUCAGACUUGUUUGGACCUGUGUAGUUUUGAGGAUGUUCCGCUAAAAGGUAUGCUUUGUUGUGGAUGUUAAAAAUAAUUGUUUUGACUGGGUUCUGUGGUAUUUUUUGUCGUGUUUUUUGAAUCGGUCUGUGGUUUCUGUCCAGCCAAGUGUAUCAACACAUGUAAAAGCAAUAUUGGUAUGUUUGUACGUGUUAAUAUUUUUUUUUUUUUUUUUGAGGGACAGUGAACACAUACGCAUAAGUAGCAUAUACAUGUGUGUGUGUGUGUGUGUGUGUGUGUGUGUGUGUGUGUGUGUGUGUGUGUGUUUUGCUUUUCUGUGCUCAUAUGGUUUGCUCCAGUCAAAUCCCAGACAAGGCUUUAAUCGAUGCGGAACAGCAGGGUAAGAUGAUCACCUGUGUGUGUGUGUGUGUGUGUGUGUGUGUGUGUGUGUGUGUGUGUGUGUGUGUGUGUGUGGACUUACUUUUCCAGUUUUAGGUGAUUUCUUUUGUUGUUGUUGUUGUUGUUGUUGUUGUUGUUUUGCCGGGUAGCAAAGAGCUUAAGCUCUCUCUCUCUCUUGCGAGGCUGCAGAAGCAUGCCGAAAUGCACCUCAUCUCUCCUGCCUAUUCAUUGCCUCCUUAUGCAAACAGCGACCUUGUCAUGACCUUGUCACGACCUACGCAGGCACUGGCAUUUUGUAACCUCCCCCCUUCUUGCUUUGAUGCGCUGCGCCCAUCUGGUGUUCGGACUACCUGCUGACUUGUGACGUCGUGCUCUUUAGAUAUGUAGUAAUAAGACAGGAAGUGUUACGUCACACUCGUGACAGUGUCCGUGUUCAGAGGAUGUGAAGGUGUGACCAAGACCCCAGAUCAGCCAUUCUCCUUGCAGUUUUUUAUAUACUAUAUAAAAAGUAACUGAAAGUCUGUUUUAUCUUCUCCCAAAAGCACACCUGACACAGUAAUUGAAAGUGAAUUAUGUCUCAGAAUAUAGAAAUAAAAAAGAUCAUUAAAAAAUAAAUAAAAAAUGAAAAAUCUUUUAGCCAUAAUCGAAUGUCAAGCAAUAAUAUAUAUGGUGUAUUAUUAUAAUUAUUAAUUUUGUGCAUAGGCUUUGAACAUCUGCAUGUAAAUACACCUCUUAUUUAUCUUGGGUUAUGUUUUAACUUUGUGUUUAUUUGUUUGUUUAUUUUACCUUCUCUUUUGAUUUGGUUUGUUUGUUUGUUUGUUUGUUUGUUUGUUUGUUUGUUUGUUUGUUUGUCUGUAUAUUUGACUGGUUCAGUUCCCGGGUGGAGAACUAAGAACUUCAUAUGGCCUGUAUGCUGUAAAGCUUCAUCUCCCCACUCUCUCUCCCCCUCACUCUCUGCUUUUUAAUUCACAAUAUUUAAUGUUAUUAUUGAUCACAUGUAUAAAGUUAACUUUGUAACUUCUGUCUGUAUAGGUAAGAAGAAAAUACUGCUAUUAAGGCCUACUCAGUGCAAAUAUUUAUCUGUUUAUUGAAUACACCAUGCUGUAAGAUAUCUCUGUUUUUAGUAUACUUCUCUUUUAGACUUAGUUUGAUAGAGGUAGGGUGUGCACAUUUAUUUUGUGUUAUUCUGACGUGUGGUGCUAGGUAAGUUACUUUUGUGAACAAAACAAAUCUUGAUUCAUAGACUAGGCCACCCUGUUAGUCCACUCAUUUCUCUGAGUAUUGAUGCAUUAUUGAUAUUAGGAUUCAAUAAAUGAUAAUGAUAAUGAUAACAAUGGUAAAGAAACUGAUAGUGGUUUUAAAAAUGACGUUAAUACCCAGCAAGUACCUGUAUCAGUGUGCUAGUCUUGGGAUAUGGCUAUUUCCUUCUCACUUUUAAGAUUUUUAGCAAAAAAAAAAAAAACAGUAUCAAUUAAUUAAAAAGGCUAUUAAAACUUGCAUUUCUGUUUUUUUUUUUUUUUUAAGAAAAACGAAAACAUGGAAUGGGUUUGCUCAUGCUUAUAAACUACAGUAUUGUGUUUCUCCUAGUUCUGAUUGUGAAAACCACUGGUUGGAUUUGUUGCUGGUUUGUUUUGCAUACAGAUAUCUACAGCUGUGGGGUUUUAGUAUCGACAGCUGGAAAGGACUUGAGUUCUUCAAACUGAUACUGGAAAUGACUGUACGGGUGACGCUUGAAAUCAGGCACAUUUUUGCUCCCUCAUUUAAAACUCAACCAACUUUUUUUUAAUGACAGUUUCCCAGACAACUGUCACAGAUCCAUGUUUUACAAGCAACUUGUGUUCUUGCUCACCCUUACAAGAAUUCUCAACGCAAACGUACAAGAAAAAAAAAACAGUUAAACAAAACCAUUUGUUUAUUUUGCUCCUCUCUGUAGCAGA